UGUUUUGUUUAGAAAUAUGUUCUUAGCAGACAUUCUUUGAUACUUCUCAAUAAUCCCCACCCCCAAUAUAUAUAUAUAGAAUAUAUCUAUAUAUCUAACACACAUGCAUCACUUUCUUCAUAAAAAAUUUCUUGACUCAUCAAGGAUCCUGAAGCUGCUCGCAACAACAGAUUAGAAUCUCAUCAAGUAUAUGAAAUUAUUGUAAAUCAAAGGCUGUUUAUCAGACAUAAAGUCAAAUAUGGGCUUGGAUAGAGAUCAUGGUGGUCUACUAGAUAAUAUUAACAUGCAGAAAGUCAGAACAAUUUUAACUCACACAUACCCUUAUCCCCAUGAGCAUUCCCGCCAUGCGAUCAUUGCAGUUGCUAUUGGUUGUCUGUUUUUUAUUUCAUCAGACAACAUGCAUACACUCAUCCAAAAGUUAGACAAAAACAUCAAGUGGUGGUCAAUGUACGCAUGCUUACUCGGGUUUUUCUAUUUCUUUUCAUCGCCUUUUGUAGGGAAGACAAUAAAGCCAAGCUAUUCAAAUUUCAGUCGAUGGUAUAUAGGGUGGAUAUUAGUAGCGGCUGUAUACCAUCUUCCUAGUUUUCAGUCAAUGGGAGUGGAUAUGAGAAUGAAUCUUUCGUUAUUUUUGACAAUAUACAUGUCUUCUAUUUUGGUACUUCUUGUUUUCCACUUAGUUUUUCUGGCCCUUUGGUAUGUGGGUCUUGUUUCUCGUGUGGCAGGCAGGAGACCCGCGAUCUUGACCAUUCUUCAAAAUUGUGCGGUCUUAAGCGUGGCUUGCUGUGUAUUUUAUAGCCACUGUGGCAAUCAGGCUUUAAAUGAAAAACGAUUGGGAAGAAGAGAUUCUGGCCUGUUUUCACUCUGGAAGAAAGGGGAACCAAGCAUAUGGCUAUCGAAAUUUCUUAAAAUGUACGAGUUAAAAGAUGAGAUUUGCAAAUCAUGGUUUGCUCCAGUCGGGUCUGCCAGUGAUUAUCCAUUCCUCUCUAAGUGGGUUAUAUAUGGAGAAUUUUCUUGUACUGGUCCAUGUGAGUCAUCAGAUGAAAUUUCCCCAAUUUAUUCAUUAUGGGCAACCUUUAUAGGUCUUUAUAUGGCUAAUUAUGUGGUGGAAAGAUCAACGGGAUGGGCUCUUACUCAUCCUUUGUCAGUUGAGAAAACUGAGAAGUUGAAGAACAAGCAGAUGAAACCUAAUUUCUUGGAUAUGGUACCUUGGUAUUCGGGGACGUCAGCUGAUUUAUUCAAGACUGUGUUUGACCUCCUUGUAUCUGUGACUGUAUUCGUUGGAAGAUUUGAUAUGCGGAUGAUGCAGGCGGCAAUGAGUAGAGUUCACGAAGGUGCAAGAGAAGAUUUUUUAUAUGAUCAUCUUAGUGAAAAAGAACACCUGUGGUUUGAUUUUAUGGCCGACACUGGUGAUGGUGGGAACUCCUCCUACUCUGUAGCUCGACUUCUUGCUCAACCUACACUUUAUGCCUUUGAUGAUGAUUCUACACAACCAUUGCCUCGUGGAGACCUCCUCCUUAUUGGAGGCGAUCUUGCGUAUCCUAAUCCGUCAGCAUCGACUUAUGAAAAACGAUUUUUUCGUCCUUUUGAGUAUGCUCUUCAGCCACCUUUGUGGUAUAAAGAUGUUCAUAUUGCUGUAGACAAGCCCGAAUUACCAUCUGGUGUGUCUGAUUUGAAACAAUAUGAUGGGCCACAAUGCUUCUUAAUCCCAGGAAACCAUGAUUGGUUUGAUGGACUCCAAACUUUUAUGAGGUACAUUUGUCACAAGAGCUGGUUAGGUGGAUGGUUAAUGCCUCAAAAGAAAAGCUACUUUGCUUUGAAGCUUCCAAAGGGAUGGUGGGUUUUUGGCCUUGAUUUAGCUCUUCAUUGUGACAUUGAUGUUUAUCAGUUCAAGUUCUUUGCGGAAUUAAUAACGGAAAAGGUCAAAGAAAACGAUUCUGUGAUCAUCAUGACACAUGAACCAAAUUGGAUUCUGGAUUGGUACUGGGAUGAUGUCACUGGAAAGAAUGUUUCACAUCUUGUAAAAGAUCGUUUAAAAGGAAGGUGUAAACUUCGAAUGGCUGGUGAUUUACAUCAUUACAUGCGUCAUACUCGUGUUCCAACUGAAAAUCCCGACUCGAUACAACAUUUACUUGUGAAUGGUUGCGGUGGGGCCUUCUUACAUCCUACACACACAUUCCGUAAUUUUGAUAAAGCAUAUGGUACAGCUUAUGAAAUGAAAGCUGCUUAUCCUGAAGUUGAAGAUUCAAGCAGGAUUGCUCUUGGUAAUAUCUUGAAGUUCCGGAAGAAAAACUGGCAGUUUGACUUCAUUGGCGGGUUCAUUUACUUCAUAUUGGCCUUUUCGAUGUUCCCACAGUGCAAUCUUGGCCAUAUCUUACAGAAAGAUGAUACAUUUACGGGCCAUGUUAGGAGCUUUUUUAGCACAGUGUGGGAUGCUUUUAUGUAUAUGCUUGGGCAAUCGUAUGUGUCAUCUGCGGGUGCGAUGUUACUGUUAGUGGCUGCAAUAUCAUUUGUUCCUUCCAAAGUAUCACGAAAAAGAAAAGUAGUAAUCGGAGUUCUGCAUGUUUCAGCACACCUUUCAGCUGCUUUAAUUCUCAUGCUACUUAUGGAAUUAGGUGUUGAAUUAUGCGUUCAACAUAACCUUUUGGCUACUUCGGGUUAUCACACAUUAUAUGAAUGGUACAGAUCGGUGGAAAGUGAGCACUUUCCUGACCCUACGGGUCUUCGGACCCGUAUAGAGCAAUGGACUUUUGGCUUUUAUCCGGCAUGUAUCAAAUAUCUCAUGUCGGCUUUUGAUGUUCCAGAGGUGAUGGCUGUGACACGGAGCAAUAUAUGCAAGAAUGGGAUGGUUUCACUCUCACGAGGGGGUGCAGCCAUAUAUUAUGCAUCUGUGUUUUUAUAUUUCUGGGUCUUCUCGACACCUGUAGUUUCCCUUGUAUUUGGAAGCUACUUAUAUAUUUGUAUCAAUUGGCUUCACUUGCACUUUGACGAAGCGUUUUCCUCACUACGUAUUGCAAAUUACAAAUCUUUCACACGGUUCCACAUCAAGGAGGAUGGUGAUCUGGAAAUCUUCACUCUGGCAGUUGACAAGGUUCCAAAGGAAUGGAAGCUAGAUCCCGAGUGGGAAAAUGAGGUGAAACAGCCGCAGCAGGCAAGCCACCAUAGAAAGUUUCCAAGCAAGUGGAGGGCAAAUGCUUUUCAUCAGGAUCCUGUAAAUACAGUUAGGAUCGUUGAUCAUUUUGUCAUUCAACCAAUGGACAAAUUGCAAGUAGCAGCAGUUAAUGGGUCAGCAUCUCACUGACAAUUUAGCUUAAAAUAGUUUAAAAAAUUAUUUUGAGGUAGAGACUUAGGGGUGGACGACGUGUAGUUAGAGAACAAAAAAGUGUAUACUUGUGUUGCUCACGAGACAAUGUAGGAUACUUAAUUCAGAGAAGUUAGUUUAAUGUGAAUAUUUUGUAUUCUAAUCAAAGAGUAAGUUGCAAAUUUUGUUGA